GAGAGAGAGAGAGAGAAAUAGUGGACUUCGUUCCUAUUUAGGUGGUCGGAUCGAAUGAUAUCGUUUCGUCUCCACCACCCCUUUCGUCCUUUUCUUCGUUGGGCCUGGGCCUGAACCUGGGCCUGAUCCUGGGCUUUGCUUUUUCUCUACGGUUCGCCACUAACAUCGAUCGCGGCGACUCUUUGUUUUCCGUAUUUGAAUUGUUCUCAAUCCCCCCGCCACCGACCAUGAAUUCUCCAGCCGACGCCCGCCCCACCCCCAAUUCUUCGCCGGCCAUCCCAACCAAUCAACAAAAGUCAGGCCAAUUCCCGUCGCAGACGACUUUAGUCAGGCAAGGAGUCGUAUACCCAGUCGCCUCCUCCGGCCGCGGUUUCAUCCCUAAAUCCCCAAAUCAGUUGGACCCCGCGGCGGUGCGUCAUCCCGUCCCCGUAUCCGCUAGGGUUUUGGUCCCUUCUCAUCCCAAACAAUGCUUUUCCCCUUCCCUUCCUCUUCCCGAUUGCAAUGGCUGUAAAGAGCUCAGGCAUGGUUUCUGUAGGGAUCGAGCCAGAGAGGACGCAGCUACUGUCGUUCGAGACAGAAAAGUCCGAUUGUCAGAUGGGGAUUCACUUUAUGCGCUUUGCAGAUCAUGGUUAAGGAAUGGUUUCCCUGAAGAAUCACAGCCCCAAUAUGGCGUUGGUGUUAAAUCCCUUCCAAGACCCCUGCCUCCUGUCGAGAGUUACAGGAUAGUAAAGAAAGAAGCUGAAGAUGACAACGAGGACGAGAAGGAUGCUGAGGAGUUGAGUACUAGUGAUUUGCUGAAAAGACAUGUCAAGCGUGCUAAGAGGGUUCGGUCAAGAUUAAGAGAAGAGCGAUCGCAACGGAUUGCAAGGUAUAAAAGUAGGCUCGCCCUUCUCCUGCCUCUUCAGGUGGAGCAAUUUAAAAGUGAUUCAGUUGCUUAAACUUGACCCUCUUUGACAAGCUGCACCUUCCAUAAUGAGGAAUCUGUUGGGUCCAUGCAAAAGUAGUUGAAGCAAACUGAAUUUGUUGUUAAGUCGGUUUCUAUUCCUAUUCGAGCAUUUGUCGAGGUUGAGUAAAUGUGUGGUCGAUGGUUUGUCUUUGUGAUUAGCAUUCUUGGAACACACUUGCAUGAUAGUUCUUUUUGUAGAUUCUAAUAGGUAGGGUUUGAGUAUUUGUUAUGAGAUGUCGCCUCCAUGCCAUCCUACACUCUCACUUUCUGCCUCGAGCAGAGUUUGUGGCCUUGACUGAGAGGGUUGAGUUGCUGAGGUGAGGUGAGACCGAUUACUAUUAUUUAAGAAGUAUCUGGCCAACAUAAGAUACUCUCUCCUUUUUUUUUCCCCAUUUCUUC